AAGCUAGGUGUUCUCGUCAUGCCCCCUUCUAGAGGGGCUUGGUUUUCUAAAUGCAGCCUUAGGUUUCAGUUACAUCUUAACCUAUCUGGCUUCCAAAGUAACCUGCAGAUUAACUACUACUGCUCUUUACAGACAAACCUCCCAAUCUUCAAAUUGAAGGAGUCGUGUGUGAGGAGACGAUACAGUGACUUUGAAUGGCUGAAGAAUGAGCUGGAACGAGACAGUAAGAUUGUAGUGCCACCGCUGCCUGGAAAAGCUUUGAAACGACAGCUUCCCUUCCGAGGAGACGAAGGCAUCUUUGAGGAGUCCUUCAUUGAGGAGCGGAGACAGGGACUAGAACAGUUUAUUAACAAAAUUGCUGGACACCCACUGGCACAGAAUGAGCGCUGCUUACAUAUGUUCCUGCAAGAGGAGACUAUUGAUAGGAAUUAUGUCCCAGGGAAAGUGCGCCAGUAGGAGCACCUGGCACUGUCUUCCUCCAUUCCACCCUUCCUCCUGCAAAAAUGACAUUUAUUUUUACACUAAAUCUGUCUUCUCUGAACCAGCUUUUCCUCUCUUGAACCUCCCAGUUUGUUCAGUAUUUUCCUCUUUUGUAACUGGCAGCAGCUUGUUCUACUGGGCUGUGGUCUUGGCCUAAAGGUAUGAAGAUUUAUGCAAGUGAGAGUGUUGUCCCACACCUAGGGGCUCGUGUGAAUAGGUGUGGAGCAGGAACUUGCUUAUGGCGUUAUGGUGUAGGAGCUGCCUCUCUCCCUGUACAGGAAGGUAUGAGAUGACCUUCACUCCCCUGUCUGUGCAGCCCCAAGCAUCUCUGCAGGAGACUCUGAAGAAUAGCAGUUGUCAUGUUGGUCAGUGAUCGCAUCAGGUAUUAGAGUUUUAGUAAGGCUUAUCCAAAACAGUGAGUAGGUGCCUGGGUGUGUUGGUCUCUCGUCCACCCCGUUCACCCUGCAUGAAACCCCCGUUCUUCACUGUCUGGAAGUGCUGAGACCCAAGACCUACUCUAACCCUGCUCUCAGCCUCCUGCAUUACAGACCUGUUUGGUGUAUUCGUGUUAAUCCCCUUCCUUCCUAAUGUGCUGCUGGCAGCUCGAGGGGUUUCCAUGAUGUGUGCUCUCACGAUGCUCCGUCUGGGCAGUUUAGCGUGUGGAUGCUGGGAUAGCCUGGGCUGU